UCUGGCUCAGGUUCUUCGUCAAGCUGACUACCGGUACCAUUAAUACCAACGCAACAAUGAAAUGCGCUGUUUGGAAGCAAGCUGUUUGUUGGUACUCCAUCUGUUUUUGAUCUCAGUUCAUUUAAUUCUUCAAGCGUCAAGCAAAUUAAUUCCAGUGCUUCAUGAAACAAUCUCAGAGAAGUAAGAUGUUCGACCCAACGCGUUUCACAAAAUUUUAGAAGACGUGUCUGCUUGCCACUAGGAAGUUUCAGCUUUGCUCGACAAACGGAAGAAGUUGUCGACUUGCUUGACUGUUCCAAUGCAGUUCUGAAUCGGUGUAAUGUCGCACGCAUGGGUUGAAGCUGCACUGCAAACUGAUCCACAAAAUGAAGAGUUGUUAAAACUUAAAAGUGACCUUGGUGAGGUUAUAACACUUACAAGGGAUUUAAUUCAAACACAACUAGAAGAACAGCAAAAAUCGUCAUAUGUGGAACCUUCCUCAACUAAAGCAGCAUCUUCAAACUAUUUCGACGAAAUUGAAGCAGCACUUUUAGAAGCAGAAAAAAUAGUAUCAGCAGCUAAGGUUUGGAAGAUUGGAGAUAAAUGUCAAGCUAAAUGGAAAGAGGAUCGACAAUACUAUGAUGCAACUAUUGAAGAUAUAUCAGUUGGAGGUGAAGUUUAUGUAAUAUUUGAUGCCUAUCAAAAUCGUUCUACAACAACUUUAAAGGAGCUGCGAGAAAGAAUUUCCCGUUCUGAAGUUUUUCCCUCAAACAAACGCCAUAGACCAAACCAAAAAGAGUAUUUAAAAAAACGUAAACAAAAGAAACAACAACGUUUUAAAGACUUGGAGGAAGAACGUGAAUCGGAUAAAAAUAAAUGGCUUCACUUUACCAGUAAAAAUCAAAAAAAACAAGGCAUGAAAGUCAAAAGUAUAUUUGCCUCUCCGGAUAAUGUCAGUGGUCGAGUGGGAAUCGGUACGUGUGGAACGGCAGGAAAGGGCAUGACUGAUUUUACGGUAGGCGAAAAAUAUAGAAAAGGACUUUAAAAUCUGAAAAUAAAUAUUGUUUAUUUUAAAGAAAACUUUGCAUUUUUUUAUAAAGGAAACUCGAUGUAUAGUUUGUCAAUGCUAUUGCUUUACUGAAUAAAACUUGAUUUAAGCACUAACCAUACAAGCCA